UCUGAACAAUGGGUUCAUUGCUUGCAGAAAAUUGCAUUGGAUGAACUGGUCUUGUCAAAAUCUUUACCUUUAAGACCUGGUGUUGAAGAAUUUAUUGUUGAAGCUUAUGAAAAAGGUGUCCCAGUAGUGAUGCUGACAUCAUACUGUAAAUGUGGGGAAAAAUCAGCCAGAUCCAUCAUUGAGAAGCUUGGAAAUGAUAAAAUGGCAAGGAUAAAAAUACUUGGAAUGGAGGAGGUAAAGCAAAGUUUCUAUGGCCAACUUGUAUUUGGUGAAGGAGUGGCGUCUGACCUAGGUGAGCAACUGGCUAAAGAAGCAAGAAAAGCAGUUUCUGCAGAGGAGCAAAGAAUUGCUAAGGAGGUUGCUUCCAUGCUAAAGUUGAGUGUCGACAUUGAUACAACUUCAAGUGAAGAAAUGAAGAAUGUUGUGGCUGCAUUACGGGCAGGGGCAGAAUAUGCCAAUGUACCUGUGGAUUAUUGCGUGCUUGUUGCCGGAAGUCAAUCUGGGGUUGCUGGAGCAGAGCGAAUUGGCAUGCCUUGCGUUGUGGUCCGGAGCAGUUCGACCGCCAGAGCUGAGUUUCCUGGAGCUAAAGCGGUAAUGGAUGGAUUUGGUGGUGGAGAUCUAUCGAUUUCUAGGCUACAACAAAUACAGAGGUCCUGAUGUUUGAUUCAAAAGCUAAUUGCUUCAAAAUUUUCCAGCGAGUGUAAUUGUGAUGCUGUAAAAUUAGUUAUAUGAGAUAUGUACUGUAAGUAAAAUGUAUUGCUCUAGCAGCCAUUUACUUUCUAUAAUUAUCCAUUUAUGGAAUUACUUCUCAAUUUUGAGCUUCA